AUGAAUAUAUCAGGUUCAGACACAUCUCGUUACACCAAUUUGUCACCCGCAGGUUUGUCUCUUCAAAUGUACUCCAUGGCAGAUCAAGACCAUCACGAUGAUCAUGAUCAUCACGAUCAAGUUCCAUCAAAUUCUCACCUCCAACCCAAUAACUCAACCGCUCUCGGCUCUCUCCUCUACAGCCUCUCAAUCCUCAAAGACAAAGUCCACCAACUGCAGUCGCUGGUCGCCAUCCUUCUCUCUGCGGCGGCGGAUUCGUCGGCCUCCAUAGCCAGCAUAAACACGCAGAACGCGAUCCAUGAGAUCGUCAUGACUGCCUCUUCCAUGUUGUUCAAUUUCCAGCACACUGGCGUCGCGUCAACCUCAGGUAACCCUAGCACUACUCAUCAUGACAACAAUAACGAUAAUAAUAGUCCUAACCCAAAUAUAAUUGGCAACGCUGGCUUAUUAUCAUCAUCAAAGUCAAUAGGGCAGGGUUUGAUUUAUCCCAGUACUCAUGAUCAUCAUCAAACAGUACUUGACUGGUACGGAUCUCCUCACGAUGAUCAAACCUACAACAAUAGUACUUGCACCACUUCUCCAAUCAAGGAAAAUAAGUUCAAUAGUACUACCAGUAAUCAUAUGAUAAUGACCCAAUAUAGUAAGGACCAUAGGGUUGAAGAAAACACGUUUCCUCUAGCUCUAGGGAGUGAAACAAAAAAUGGGCAAGGAGCGGUUUCUGCUCCCAAGAUUAAUCAAGACAUAAUCGAACUCGGCGCCGCCGAUUUGUUGGCGAAAUAUACGCACUAUUGCCAAGUUUGUGGGAAGGGUUUCAAGCGAGACGCCAAUUUGCGAAUGCACAUGAGGGCUCAUGGAGAUGAGUACAAGACAAGUUCCGCCCUAAGCAAUCCCAUGAAGAGGAUCAACAAUGAUAGAAUCGGGAAUAUCAAUCGAGAUUUUUCGACGGCGUCGAAGAAGUAUUCGUGUCCUCAAGGAGGGUGUAGGUGGAACCAAAGGCACGCGAAAUUCCAGCCGUUGAAGUCGAUGAUUUGUGUUAAGAAUCACUACAAGAGAAGCCAUUGUCCCAAGAUGUAUGUGUGCAAGAAGUGCAACAGAAAGGAGUUUUCACUGUUGUCUGAUUUGAGAACUCAUGAAAAGCAUUGUGGGGAUCUUAAGUGGCAAUGUUCUUGUGGGACCACAUUUUCAAGGAAGGAUAAGCUUUUGGGACAUGUUUCUUUGUUCGUUGGUCACACACCAGUUAUGAUGAAUGAUGCUUCUUCUUCUACUAAUAAUAAUAAUAAUAAUAAUAAGACAACAAAAGUUGAGAGCCAAUUAGUGUCACAUGUGGAUCAGAUAGAUGGCAUUGUGAAGAUGAUGUAA